CACAGACCGCUUCAGCAGCAGUGGGAGUGAAAACUUGAGUCUCUCAGUAGAAACAGUACAAACUAAAAGCACGGGCAGCCACCUGCGAUGCUCCUGGAUGUUCGGUCAGCUCCUCUGAACCUCCUCAUCCUCUUCUUCCUCUUCUUCUCUGUCUCCUGCUGUCCCGGGGAAACACGCGCUUUCGCUUUCCGAUGUGAGUUCACCCGUGCGUAAUAGUCCGGGUCCGUGCGCGCCGUCAUGGCUUAUCCUCAGGGUUUCCUCUUCCAGCCGUCCGUGUCCCUGGCUCUGCACUCCUGUCCGUCCUUCAGCUCCGGGGUCAUCAUAGGACCGAGGACGGAGGAGCUCGGCCGGUCCUCUUCGGGCUCUGCUUUCGCUCCGUACUCGGGAUCAGCGACCUCCCCCGGAUUCAACUCCCACCUCCCGUACGGCGGGGAGCCCCGGGCGGCGGCGACCCUCAACUCUUUUGUGAGUCCUGGAUAUGACCCGUCCUCCAGCAUCACCGGCUCCUUAGAUUAUCACCCAUUUGGGGCGUUGGGGCCUUAUCCAUACGGAGACCCCGCCUACAGGAAAAAUGCCACGCGGGAUGCCACAGCCACGCUGAAGGCCUGGCUGAAUGAGCACCGUAAGAACCCGUACCCCACCAAGGGGGAGAAGAUCAUGCUGGCCAUCAUCACCAAGAUGACGCUGACGCAGGUGUCCACCUGGUUCGCCAACGCCCGCAGGAGGCUGAAGAAGGAGAACAAGAUGACCUGGACCCCACGGAACAGGAGCGAGGACGAGGAGGAGGAGGACAACAUCGACCUGGAGAGGAACGACGAGGAUGAGGAGCCGAUGAAGCUGAAUAAUGAAGCAGAGUCAAAGAAUGAGACUGCUGGCCUCCGUCCAGCCUCAGUGGGAAACCCUUGUGGGAUGAUUUACAGAGAGGACACCGGCAGCAGCAACGACACAGAUCGGGGCUUAACUGAUCCAGACUUUAAAGACUCUGGGGACAGAAGGCUGCCCCACAUCCCAGGCCCCACCUCCACGGGGGCCCCUCCCCAAAACGUGCCACCACCACCACCGCCACCACCACUCGGGAGAGUUUCAGAAGCAGAAACGAGUCCAGCUUCUAAGGAUCACGCCGGUGACUCUGCCAUCCACAGUCCGAACCCGGCCCCUAAACCCAAACUGUGGUCCCUCGCUGAGAUCGCCACCUCAUCGGACAAAAGUAAAGGAUCUAGUGACUCUUCUCAGAGCUCAGGGGUGGGACAGCAGCUCACAGCCCACCCUACGUCCACACACCGGACACCGUUCCCCCACGGGACAGCCCUGCCCAGACACCUUUACUACACUUCCCCCUUCAUCCCCGGCUACUCCAACUACGGCACUUUGGGACCCCUACAUGGUAGCCCCGGCUCAAACUUGGCCUCGGCGACACAUUUAAACGGAUUACAUCAGACUAUGCUGCAGAGAGCUGAGGCCUUGGCCAGAGACUGCAAACUACGAACCCAGAGCCAGGUGGACAUGUGCAAAGACCUUCAUGAACUGAAGAAAGGCAUGACGAACGUGUAGGCCUGUCUGAGAGCAAAUGGACUUUUAUUUAUUGGGGCCGAACAGUAUUUGUGACAUUCUUCCUUGAAAUGUCUUGGAUAUCAAAGAUUAAAAUGGACAAAGGCCCUGCAGAGGCCACUGACUUUUAUUUAGAAACACAAAUAUUGGAUUUUAGACUGCGUUUUUCUAUGUUGGUAAGAUGUAAUCUUUGUAGUGCGUUUCUGCACAGACCAUGAAGUAUCAUUAAAAGCUAGUUUUAUUAA